UCUAACGUCUAUCCCAUAACCACUACCAGCCGUGGCAACAGUUGUUUCACCAGUGCCUUUCCACAGUGAGAUGGCAACUUUCGCCUCUUCGAUGGUGCCUCCGAUAUGGUUUGCGCCACCCACCACAUGCGCAUUAUUGCAAACCCCGAUGCUUGCCAUCUUCGCCCUGUUCAACAAUGCAUUAGGACGGCUUGCCGGUUGUCUGCCUCCGCUGGCUACACGCAUGCCUUCGUACGUGCCUUCACGAACGUCAUGCAAUGAAACGUACUUCUAUCUUGUUGCCCCUAUUCCUCCUGCUGUGCUGCACGGGAGCGGUUUUACACAAUCCCCGCACGGCGGAGCACAUGUGACUUCGUGUGGCCCGGGCACAUACGCAAGGCCAGAGAGGCGAGCACCUACAAUGAAUCACCCUGCGGUAUCUUCUCCGGUUUGCACAACAUAUCCAAUUGGUCCAGACGUUACCUGUGGUAUGGACACUGUGCAAAUGAACCCGGUGGUUUGUGAAAGUCCUGAGGUGAUGCCGACACCGUCCGGACGGCGUAGUCGAUCCACUACUCCGUCAAGGGAGCCACCACGGAUUAGAGUACGGAAGGACCAGAAGGAAAAACUGCAGACUAUUGUGAACAAGAUCGCUAACGGUUGCACGUUUGAGAUGGCGAUUGAUCUGCUGUUCGAGUGGGGUCGGGAUGGCAUUGCGGACCACUUGUCUUUGGCGAGAGGGUCUGGACAGUCGUCUGCGAAGAGGGGCAGGGGGGCAUCGAGGACGACCGCUUCAGGGCGGAAACCAGUUGGGAGACCUCAUGGAGGGGCUUUGAAAUGGCGCGAUGGGAAGCCCGAUUUCCAAGACCAUGGACCGAUGUUACAUAGAUUGACCGCGAAGCACCACAUGGCGUUCUGGGACGCUAGAGCACUUAGUUGCAGAAUGUCAUGCACACAGCUUGACAACCUGGCGCGCGGUUUGGGGAUUCGUCAUGUGAGCGAGGGCACAUUCUACAGGUUUUUUAGAGAUAGAGGGCCUGAAUCGCGGCAAUGGGGAAGGCAUGUGCGGCGCGUGGCAGAGAAAAGCUAUAACAGAGUGAUAUCCCGUUUGAAGUCCAACAACGAGCCGGUUGUAUUGUUGUUGGACGGCCGAUACGACUCCUCUCGAGACGCGCAACAUUGCACAGUGACUGCGAUGGAGCUCCAAUCACGACAAAUUGUUGGAACGCAAACCCUUAGGAAAGGCAAGGAUUCGUCCUGGCAUCUGGAAAAGAGGUGUGUUGAUAUGUUGUUCAGUCGUUUGGUGAACGAGAAAAAUCUCGUGAUUGCGGAGGUCAUGCAUGACGAUUGCACAGUUGUGGACGUCUUGCUUCGCACAUUGGAUAUUGACUCUCAGAAGUGCUUGUGGCCCAAAGCAAAGAGUCAGUUGAAAUGGUUGAGGAAGGCGGUACGACGCACGAAGCUUGUGAAACCAAAGAACGUGGACGACUGUGAGCACGUGCGUGAGAUUCGAAUGUUUACGAAGAAGGAGCUCCGUGAGAAGGGUCUUCAACAACCAAUCCCCGUGAACACCAAGAAAGAUACAAUUGUUGAAUGGGUUUGGUGGACGCUAUUUCCAGCGCAACAAGGGAAACCUUUGGAAAUUGAUGUGGUGGAGGCUGAUGCGUUAGAGUCUCUUCAUCCACAGUGUGGCGAGGAAGUGAAGGAGUGGUUUUAUGGUGCGUGCAAGUUACUUGCCUCGGAAGGCGAUGACGACGACGAGGUACUCGCAAUCCAUGUGCAGCAUCUAGGCAACCAUUGGGCGGGCGACCACGCGAUGUUCAACGACGAGCUUUCGAGGCUAUGCAAGGCCGCUGACGGAAAAGAGCGGCCUCCGCUCUAAGAGAAAGGAGGCAGACUUCAUGUUGCUAUCAUGGAUUGCUUGCGGGAAUUCGCCUCUGCAACAAAAAUGUCUUUCUACA